GUCAAUCUCAAUCCAACCCAUUAACAGUGGGUUGAAAAUCCGUUUCAUUAAACGGAUCAACUGAACCCGAUUCAACAGAACAACUCCUUCCCCGCUCAUUUCUCUGUUUAUUACUUUAUUCUCAUUUAAUUCGCCCAUAUUCCUUUUCUCCGGCGUACUAUUUCCGAUUCUCCGGCAAAAUCCUUCGCUUAAUGGCACAGGGACGAAGCUAAUUUCCGACAGAGGUCCUCUAUUAGGUUCAUUCAAGAAAAAUGACAAAAAUCCCCCCACGAAUCGCUCAAAUCCGUCUCGUGAGCUCACACCCGCAAGUCUACGCGCCAUGCGAUGACUCAUACGCGUUGGUAGACGCGCUACUAGCCGACCGCAAAAAAUUAAUAAACCACCGCCCAACAAUUUGCAUGGAAAUCGGUUGCGGUAGUGGCUACAUCAUCACAAGCCUUGCCCUUAUACUUAAAUCCGAAUCAAACUCCCACUCCCCUCAUUUUUUCGCAACCGACGUCAAUCCUCACGCCACAAACGUGACACGCGAAACCCUCGAAGCACACGGGGUCCACGCAGAGAUCCUGACAACCAACAUCACCUCCGGGCUUGAGAAACGCCUGGCGGGGAUGGUGGAUGUCAUGGUGGUUAACCCGCCAUACGUGCCGACGCCCGAGGAGGAGGUGGGAGGCGGCGAGUUGUCGGCAGCGUGGGCGGGCGGUGAAAAUGGGAGAAGUGUGAUUGAUAGGAUUUUGCCGGUGGCGGAUAAUUUGUUGUCGGAUAAAGGGUGGUUGUAUAUGUUGUUUCUUGCGGCGAAUGAUCCGUUGCAAAUUUGUCUUGAAAUGAGGGAUAAAGGUUAUGGUGCAAAGAUUGUGGUUCAAAGGUCAACGGAGGAAGAGACUCUUCAUGUGAUUAAGUUUUGGCGGGAGUUUGAUGGUCAGUUGGAGGGAAAUGAAGCGGGGUCCACGCCGAAAUCGGCUCCGCAAAGGGGGUGGGAUUUUAUAUUUUCGCAGAUUUCGCGAUUAUCGUUUCGGGAGACAAAGUAGUGGAAAGUGAGACAACGAAAUUUAUCUGUUUCAAUGGAACAAUUUGAUGUUUGAAUUGAAUAAUUGCAUGAAUUUAGUUGCUAACGAGUUAUAAAAGACACUAUAUGCUUAAUAUUUGAAGAGUUUUUGUGUUUGCUUCUACCAUUUCAGUUGAAUUAUGGUUUGUUUGUUAUUAUAUAAUAACAUUGUAGUGU